GGAUGAAGGGCAGGAGUAUCAUGGUAGCCGGCGAGGUCCGAAGGGUGGUUCAAUGUCACCGGAUCGUCUUCUGGAGAACGCGUCGCCGCCAAAGAUUGUCGACCCAGACGAUCCGUGGUUGUUUCGACGGUAUAGCUUCAUUUUUUCCGUGCUGCAUUCAGGUAUAGAAGCUUCCUUUCCUUUUCUGAAUCACGUACUAUACUAGAAGACGGACUUAGUUCAUCUAGGACAAGAAAACGACGUAGAUGCGUCACAACUAUUGUUCCCCGACACACAGGCGUGUCCGCCAAGAGGAAAUCACGACACGGUGUGCCACGUCAUUGUGCACAGUGCAGCGACCGCGGUCAGCUACGCCUUUCUGUCGGGAAUCGAAUUACGUUGAUGGCAAAGAAUUUCGCAAGGCGGUCGUUUUCCCUGCUACUAGGAGAGAAGGAGCUAGAGAGGAGGGAUAUCCACUGGGUAGAAAUCUUUUGUACUUGUUACAACACUUCAUCUUGCAGUUACAGAAUUUUUACUCUAUCUUCUAAAUAAAUAUUCUAAAUGUUUUUAUAUCCAUCACCAUCUUCGGGUCAUAUCGCAUCUUCGGUUAUCCGAAUUCCCACUCAGGUCUCUUCUCCUCGUUACCGGACAAUAUCGUAUCGCCAACGGCCGCGGACACCAGGAGAGAAGCUGCUAGCUCACCCCGUGAAGAUCAGAAAGAUCCGCCUUCCUUUUACGAUCGCUUGCGAAACGUAGGCAAGGUAGCGUUUCUUUC